CGCCCCCUAUUCCCCCCACCUCUCGCCCCACGUCCCAUCCCGAUAACUAUUCUGGUCUCCAGGGUUUCCUCUUCCAUUCCCUUGUUGCAUUUGGUGUCGAGAGGGGAUCGCCACCGUCCGUCCGCCAGGCAUGAGGAUGAGCUGCAACGGGUGCCGGGUACUCCGGAAGGGAUGCAACGACAGCUGCACCAUCCGACCCUGCCUCCAGUGGAUCAAGAGCCCCGAGGCCCAGGCCAAUGCCACCGUCUUCCUCGCCAAGUUCUACGGCCGCGCUGGCCUCAUGAACCUCAUCAACGCCGGCCCCGACCACCUCCGCCCUGCUAUAUUCCGCUCGCUGCUGUACGAAGCCUGCGGCCGGAUCGUGAACCCGAUCUACGGCUCGGUCGGGCUGCUCUGGUCCGGAAACUGGUCGCUCUGCCAGGCCGCCGUGGAGAACGUCCUCCGGGGCGAGCCUAUCGUCCAGAUCUCCUCUGACUCCGCCGCUGCCGUCCCGCCCACCAAGGCCCACGACAUCCGCCACGUGGCGAAGAAAGCCGAUGCCGCCGCGGAGCUCCACAAGGUCGCCCAGCUCCGCCCCCGCUUCAAGCGCUCCGGCCACGACAUCAAGCCCAAGGCCAUGCCCGACUUCAUCGCCGCCGAGCCGGGCGGGGGCGACCCGGCCGUGGUCUGGGCCGGGAGCACCUGCGCGGUCGAGCAGCCGGCGAACGGGGGGGAGAGCCGGGAGAACGGGAGCGUGUUCUCGGUGGAGUCGGUGGAGGGGUCGCACGUGAGCCAGGCUGAGCCGCACGAGAGCGGGGCCGAGGCGGAGGUGGUCGGGCUGGAUCUGACCCUGGGGCUCCGGCCGGCCGAGGAAAGGCGGGUCGAGGUGGCCUCUCCGGGAGCUGACGCGUGUCGCGUGGAGCUGGGGCUUGGUCUCUUCUCUUGAACUGAUGAUGGCUGCAUGCACCCAUACAACAGCCAGAAGCCGAUAGCUCGUAGUGUCGCGGGGCGUGGCAAUUUUGUCUUUCUCAAUUUUUCUUCUUUUCUUUUGCAUCUGUAAACAAAUCCGCUGUAACAGGGUCUUUGUUCUCUUCUAUUCUCUCUCCUCUGUGACAGUCUUUUCUUGAACUUUUCUCGGCUUUAAACUUGCAACUCUGUCGUCGUUGUAUAGUGUUUUAUGUUGUUAUUUUCAUAAAAAACAACAUUUGCCAAAUA